AUGAUGUUAGCAGACAAGACAUCCCAACGGACCCCGCUCAAUCCAUCAUCGCUGGAAUUCGCAUAUUUAGAAUAUCAGUUACAAUUAUCACUGCAUGCUUCAACAGCAAGGAUACUACAGGCAUUCUCUAUAUCGAAUCCUCACUUGACCUCGCAGUUUGAUCGAAGAUGCAAGGACGUACUAUCACUUCCAUCAUGGGUCGACUGCUCAACACUCGCUGGUGGAAACUCUGAAGAUGAGGUCCUGAGACGUGGUUUCCAGUUGGGUGUUGCUCCCGCUACGUCUUCUGGCAUGAAGUUUAGUGUUGGAAAUUUUAAGAAUUCAGAAAAAACACACGGCCCAAAACAUCGUCGAAUGCUGCUAUGCAAGAUUGGAGUUGGGAGAGCGUAUACUGCUGAUGAGGCUCGAGCUGAAAAGGAUUUGAUUCCGGAUGGUUAUGAUAGUUUUUACAUUGAAGAUCCAAAGAGAAUCGCCUCAGAUGAAAACAGGCAUGAAUACUACAUCAAGUCUUCUGCUCAGAUACUGCCUCAAUAUUUGGUUCACUUUGAGUUUGAUGCUACAUUGGAAAAGAAGUCGCUCGAGACGCAACAGUCUACUGCUCAGCAGACUCUGCCUCCCUCUGCAACACCUGCGACUCCCAACUGCACAACUCCAAAGUUCUCUCUCGUCACAUCCGCACCCCAAUCUCAAAAGGCACCACAGAAUCAUUUGGAACAUGUCAUGAUUGGAAACCACGCAAAUGGAGAAGCCAGUAAACAUAAAUUGGUUUCGGUUGCUGAAGCUUAUGAUACUGUUAUGGUAGAGUCGAAUGAACGGGACCCAGUGCUACAAGGACGAAGACUGGAGAUUCAGAAUCAGAUGGCUGCUGUUUCGGCUAGGGAGAAGGCUGUUGAGAAAAUGGGUGGGCAUGUUGAGGUGCUGGUUGAGGAGAUGUAUAGGAAGGCGUUGAGCGAGUCUCGUGGGAUUGUCAAACGCAAGAUGGAUGUACUGCGAGGAGACGGUCUCGAACUCCGCCGCCAACUUCAAGAAAUCGAAAGACUUGAAUCCUUCCUCAAAUACCAACAGGCUGGAGACCCCACACAGUUCCUUUUCAGUUGGGCAAGACAUCAACAAGUUCGAUCGGAAUUACAUGAUUUCAAGCAUUUCCGUGAUGAUAUUGACGUGCAACUUGAUAUGAAGGUCACAGGAGGCAUUUCAGUCAUCAUUGAUCCAACUGCUGCUCAAAAUGCCGCUGUUGCACAGUCCAUGAGCAAUUUAUCUAAUUCGAAUUCGAAUUCGCCUAUCAAGAAACUUCAGCAGAAAGUCUCGUCUUCUUUGAAUGCUCCAACAAGCAACGUAGGAAUGGGACUUCCUCGUCGUGUACAAGAACGACGUACUCAGCGAAGAACUUCCGAUUUCUUCUCAGAAACAUUGGGAGCACUCGACGGCAUGACAGUUCAAGAUGAUGCUUCAUUCUGUGGAACAUUUGAUCAAGACUAG